AUGCCGAUAACCGAUAUUCUUCACCAACAGCAUACUGACCGACCUGUAGCUUUCACUCUGAAUUUGAGUAAUAGCAGUCACAGCAGCGACAUAAGCACCCUUCAGGAGUGGCCCAUAAAACGGAUACUUCGCGAAACAGCCACAGAAUACCUCAUUGAUUGGGAGGGACCUUACGAUCCAACUUGGGAACCAAAGGAGAACGCAAGUGAACUUGCUAUACAAAUUUGGAACAAGCGCAAAGCUCGCAACGCACGAGAGCUUGAUCGGGAAGCCACACACGAAACCAGAUACGCUGAGAGCCUGCAUUCAUCUCUGCCCAUUACAAUAUCUUCCUCCGCCAAAACAAACGGAGACUCAGAGGACGGUUCUUCCAUUUCUCUUAAACUCGACCUUGAUCAGGGCGAUAUCAGUUGGUGCAACUCCUCAUCGCCCGCGCAUCAAGAUAGUAUCUUGGAGAUUCCGGAGAGCCCCCAAUCUCAGUACCUAGAGGUCUCAUCCCGCUUUGCUGAGACUUCGUCUCAACUUCAGAGUUAUUCCGGUUGCUCUCAGCACCUGCCAGCCGCACCCACCAGCUCGGGUCGCCAGACAGACUCCUCUGUAUUGGAAUACGUUCCCGAAUCAUCGAUAGCUUCCAAGUUGUUGCGAGGUGAGCGACAAAGAGGGGUCGAGUUCGAAACACUUCAAUCCAGUAAUUCUCAUUCCUGCGCCUCUCUUGAGACAAACCACUUCGAUUCUUCACAAAUACUCGCUGGAUCUUUCCACCACCAGCAGUCUCUUGAGGACAAUCAUAACGUGCGUGGUUUCGUGCAACCGAAAGUAACAGCCCUCGUGCCAAGACCACAGGUCUACGAGAUCCCGGAGACACCAGAUCAGCCAGAGCUCUCUGGGACUAGUCUAUCUCAUAUCGGGUCCCCCGCUUCCCAACAUACUUCUUCACAACAUCCCAUCAGUGUCCCGUCACAACCCACUGCCUCGCCGUGGCCUGUCUCUGAAGGUAUGCUCCCCCGACCACCCAUUGUAUCAUGCUCACAAUUCACAGGACCGGUCCACGUACGCCUAUCUCACUGGAGCUCGAUUCCAGAGACACUUCCGGGCACCCCAUCACAACAAUCACACAGUUUAAGUGCCGAGGCUUUCAUCAAACCAAUGCUUCCAUUAUCUAGUUUGAUGGAGCCGAAUCCACCUGCCAACAUGGACAGGAAGGAAAAGAAGCCGUUCAUUUCUUCUCCUUAUGCCACGCAGUCGGACCAACAGGGCAAUUCAUCAGAUCCUAGCUCCAAGGAAAAGAUUCGCAACGACUGGGCUCAGCUUGGUAUGGAACACCGAACCGGAACUCCCCUCGCGGGCAAUGCCAUUGACACCCCAUCUUCGGUCGGUGAUAUUGAGGCUACCAUGUCUGCACCUAUCCCCGAGACCACUGCACCUCUCAGUGUCCGAAAUGACUCGGGAUCUUUCGCCCAUUCACAUACCGCCGUCCAACAUGGUCACUCCGAAUCUUUACUCACAUCCUCGGAACUAGCACACGGGGGCCAUAUCUCUCAGCAAUCAAUGCAAACAAUACAGCCAAGCGCAUUGACGGUCGGUGGAAUGGAAGAAAUUGCUCCGGGGUCGGUUCAGCUAGGGCCAUCCGAAUUCGCUGUCACUCUUCCAAUGGAUUCUCGCGUGAAAGACGACUAUGAACGGGUGUUGUCGGAUGCUGCCACCAACAUACGUCAAUUCUUCUGCAGUUUCCAGCCAAACUCCCAGAUCUCUAAUACCGAUCGAGAUGAGUUGUACUUGAGCAUGCGCAAUGUCAUCACACGGCUAAAUAACGUCGCACUCCAUCCGGAUUUGAACAUCUCAGAUCAUCUCAAGGGGGUUGAGCCUGAUCUCACAAAGGAGGCGUCCUGGGCUGAAUACUCAAGUGCCAAAUUCUUAUUCCUCGGUCACCUCAUGGAGCUCGUGGGUACUAACGAACUUCAUCUCAUCGUCGUGGUCGGGGAUGAGAAAAAACAGCUUAUUCUCGAGCGAUAUCUGCAAGGCAAGGGCUUCGCAUACACAAGACCCCGAGAAGAAAUGGGUAGCGCCGUUGAGGUCUCUUUAGCGAGGGGCCCUCUGAGCUUUGGCAUUCACUCUAGCGAGAGUGCUCGAGAGCUUCUCAAAACACCAUCCGCUAUUCUGGCGUUGGACUCAUCUUACGGCUCUAGAAGUCCUUCUAUGCAACACAUUCGAACUACCUAUGCCCAGAACGGUCAUUUGCUUCCUGUCAUUUGGUUCCUCAUUGCAAACACGAGUGAGCACAUUCAACGCUGCCUGCCUGAUCUACCGGACAUUGAGAGACUCCAUCUGCUUGUGCAUUACAUUGCCCGUUUGCACGAUGAAGUUGGCGAUCUACAGGAUAAUGCCCUGGGUGUGCAAGAAGAUGCCGAAGAAAUUCUCGCCUUUCUUCUUGAUCGGGCCUCUGGAUGGCAACUACCUACCAUUGAACCCUUGAACCUCGUCUCUUUGGAAGAGCUUGAAGUAUCAAAUGACUCUUCAUCUGACGAUACACCACCACAUGCACCCAAGAGAGCACUGGACGAGGGUUCUGAGGAUAACUCCUCCAAACGCGCCCGCGUCGGUACUCAGGAAGACAGCCAGUUAACUGAAUCAAGUAAGCCUUCUAGCCAAACGCUUGAUCGCGAUCUGCGGUCAUUGGAGAAGGUCCUCGUCCAAACGAAAGGCACACAUGCCACUGAAAAGCGCGAACUGCAGACCGAGCUUGCUCAGUCCAAUUCCCGUUGUCGCGAAUUAGAGAAGCAGAUGGGACUUCUCCAGCAUCGCUACGAGAGCCGCACCGGUAAUUUCCACAAAAUUCGCCAAGAACGAGACGAUUUGGUUGCAAACAAUUCGACGAACGAGGAGCGCGUUCAGAAGCAAACCACUAUCAUCAAUAAGCUGAAAGAGGAGCGAACAGAAUUGAAGAGUCAACUCGAAGAAACCAGAAAGGCCCUCAAAGACGGCGGUGGCACUCCUGCUGAAAUGGAGACGCUCCGCGAAGAAAUCCGCCGUCUAGUCAAUGAAAACGAAAACCUCGUCCACAAGGCCAACUAUGAAAAGGGACAAUCUGAGUACACCAGAGAGCAGUACCAAACUGCAUCUACGGCAGCCGCUCAAUCCGGCACCGAGAGCCGCCGCUUGGCUGCCGAGAACGAGGCACUGAAGCGCAGAGUGGAGGGUGAUGUGGUUAAACUCCACGAGAUUAAUGCCAAGAAAGCAUCAGAUCAACAUGCUGCUGAGAUCGAAAAGCUGCGGCUCACCAUUACACAGCGUGAUGAAUUUUUGCGCAAAAAGGAGGACGAGCUCCGCGAAAUCCGCAAGAACAGGCCAUCUACUCGCUCUACCAGCACCCAACCACGAAGCCCCAAAUGGGGCGCCGGAAGUCGCCCCACGAGUCCUGGGGUUGGUCAUAACGGUAACGGGAAUGGCAAUGGCGGCGUUGCCGGCAGGGGCAGUGGUCUUCGAUACAGCUCGGAGAUGCGGCUCUAA